UACAGAAAAAAUCAGGGGUACAAUAAAAUUUAUUACAAGUAUCAGCUGUGUUUAUACCACUUAAUAUACUUAGCAUGGUUAUCGAAGCUGGACGUAUUAAAACAAGGGAUUUAGAGAAAUCCUUUGGUCAGAUAUUAGGUGAACACGAUGAUGUGGCAAGCUAUAUGAUUUUAGAUUCAAUGUUAGGAUUUGGAACCCAUAAAAUGAAUUUUAUAUCACUACCAAUCAAACCAAGUUUAUCAGCCAUUAAAGGAAUCGUAUCGCUGUACCGAAGAUACGGAGAUGAACAUUCUGUCCUAAAUGAGUUAAUAGUUCUUCUUGGUCAAUGGUGGGAUGAUUACUGUGAGUCCAAUCCAAUGUCCUCGGUCAUGGAGCUAAAAGAGCACCUCCUGCGCUAUAUGAGAGUUUUUGAUCCAGAGUCAGGCUUUGUCAUUGUUCCUUGUGCAAGAUACUCUACAGAAAAUGUGGGUGGAAAGGUUUUAAGUACAAGAAAAUGGGACAAAGGUGAAAGAAUAACAAAUCUUGUUGGCUGUAUUGCUGAAUUAACAGAAGAGGAAGAAGAUGAUUUAUUAAAACCUGGAGACAAUGAUUUCAGUGUAAUGUUCUCAACACGGAAAAAUUGCUCACAAUUAUGGCUAGGACCUGCCGCCUAUGUGAAUCAUGACUGUCGUCCUAAUUGUAAGUUUGUUUCCACUGGUAGAGACACAGCUUGCAUAAAAGUCCUGAGGGAUAUUUUCAUUGGAGAAGAACUGGUCUGUUACUAUGGUGAUGACUUUUUUGGUGACGAUAAUUGUUUUUGUGAAUGCAUAACUUGUGAAAGACGUGGUAGUGGAGCAUUUGCUGACCUCAACAAGCCACGAUCUCCUCAGGAAAAGAAGCUAGGAAAGUAUGGUCUACGGGAAACCGAUAAACGCUUGUCACGACUUAUGCGACAUACCGAAGAUACCUCGACAGAUGACGAAUCUCUUGACUCUUUGCCGAAGGGAACUUCAUCUUCAUGUUCCGAAUCAAUAGCAAACAGUGAAAAUGCAAAAACAACGACAAGAAAAUAUCCGACGAGAAAAAAACAGUGUUUUACAAGUAAGGCGAAAAAGCACAUAGACAAAAGUUUGUCUAUGAAAUAUGCAACAUAUAUUGAUCUUAUACCUGGCCUUAAGGAUUUGCCGUACUUCGAUUUAUUAUUGGUCGAACGACAGAAAGCUGUCAAGCCUAUCCGCUUGCAGGAAAAAUCCGAUUUAUCCGGAAAACGUUUUUUAUUACCAUACAAGAAUUCGACUCCCGAGGUUCGGUUGAACCCGUUAAAGCGCGUGUGGUCUGCGGGUCAGCUUUCUGAAAUCUCAUUGUCAUCUUCAUCAUCAUCAAGCGCAGAAAGUUCGGACGUGGACGAGGAACAUAUUCACAAUCCGAUGUUGCAAGAAUUUACUUCUUCUGUAUCAAACGAAAAUUUGAAACUCACUAUAAAACUUAAACCGUCUCCCAGAAAGAGACGUAUAUCGUCCAGCAGCGAACAAUCGGACGAUCAGAUGCGAAAGGGCGUUCGCUCUUCUGUUCGCCUGCGACCGCUGACGUCUUUGCGUAAACACGGGCACCACACGAGCCGCGCACGUUUGUUUUCGAAACGAAAUCGUGUGAUUAUCCAAAAAAAAUGUGCUUGUUGUCACUGAAAGUGUCAUGAAUUGUAAAAAUGUUGUUAUCGUGGAUUGUGCGUUGAUCUGUAUUAUAUAUAUAUUAAUGUGGUAAAAACACAAUAUUUGAAGUUGGUGUCCGACUAAUUGUUCGAUCGUUGGACGCGCUUUAUGAAUAUUUAAUAUUCACUUAAAAAUAAAACAAAUUCGCACUGCAAAUUUAGUCCUUAGAUUUAUUAUUCAUUCUAUCUAACCUAUCCUUAAAAUUCAACGAACGAGAGAAAACUGAGAACUAACUUGCUGUGGGGAUCGUAACUUCCCCAAUAUUACUUGGGUCGGAAGUGACUUUUGUCUAGCGACUUCCUAACUUUUUACACCAAGCUAUGUCACGUCUGAAAUCCAUUGUUGAAAUCCUCGUGAUUGACAUGAUUCAACUUUUUUUUUUAUAUUCGCUGAACAUAUUGAUUUUUAAUCAAGCUGAUGAUUAGCUUCAUCUUACAACACAUUUAAACUCUCAGUGUUUUUAUAUAAUAUUGAUGUAUAUAAAAUCAGCAUGAUAGCUUCCUAUGCUCAGAAAUAUAAUCAACUAUCUUCCGUUUCCCUACACAUGAUACGGAAAAAGUGUCAUUUAUUGGUUCGAUGUAAAUGUGUUAAUAGUUUGAACAUGACUUUUUAUUAUACUGUAUUAAAGGGUAUUAAACCUCUAUUCACACAUUGAAAAUCUAACGAACAUGCAAAUUGUAAAAGAGAA